AUGGAGCCUGGAAACGAGACGGGAGUGUCCGGGUUCAUCCUGCUGGGCCUGUCCAGGGAGCCCGGGACGCAGCGGCUCCUCUUCGUGGUCUUCCUUGGGCUGUACGUGGUCACCGCCCUGGGGAACCUGCUCAUCGUCCUGGCCGUCGGCUCGGACCCGCGCCUCCACUCGCCCAUGUACUUCUUCCUGGCCAACCUGUCCUUCGCAGACGUCGGCCUCACCUCCGCCACCGUCCCCAAGAUGUUAGCCGACCUCCGGACCCAGAGCCCAACCAUCCCCUACGCCGGCUGCCUGGCCCAGCUCUAUUUCUUCAUGACCUUUGGUGCCCUGGACGAUUUCCUGUUGGCCACCAUGGCAUACGACCGGUUCGUGGCCAUCUGCCACCCGCUACGCUACGCCACGGCCAUGAGCCCCUGGCGCUGUGGCCUGCUGCUGACCGUCUGCUGGGGCCUCACAAGCCUGGCUGCGCUGGUCCACACCCUCCUGCUGAGCAGACUGUCCUUCUGUGCCGACAACCCCGCCAUCCCCCACUUCUUCUGUGAUCUGGCCCCGCUGCUGCCGCUCUCCUGCUCCGACCCCACACUCAAUUGGGUGAUGCUCUUGAUCGUAGGGACGAUGGUCCUCGUGGCUCCCCUGGGGCUGAUCCUGGGCUCCUACGCCCGCAUCGUGGCCGCCGUCCUCCGGGUCCCCUCGGCCGGGGGGAAGCGCAGGGCCUUCUCCACCUGUGGCUCGCACCUGGCAGUGGUCUCGUUGUUUUACGGGACGGCCGUCGCCGUGUAUCUGUGUCCUCCUUCCAGCCGCUCUGCCGGGAAGGACCGAAUUGCGGCGGUGCUGUAUACGGCAGUCACCCCCCUGCUGAACCCUUUCAUCUACAGCCUGCGCAAUCGCGACUUGCACCGUGCCCUGCGCCGGUUACCGGGCAAGUUGCUUCACUUC